AUGCUUGAAGGUCUCAAGAAAAAGGACACUCUCAUUCUUAUUAUGACUCUUCUCUCUUCGGCCGCCCAAAAGGUCCGAGAGCCGCUAUUCUGUCUUAGUCUGAUUCAGCGCCAGAUCAACGUCUGCGCGACCAGAGCGUUCCCCAACAGCACCUCUUUGGGUCUAGUUGACAUUACGGACAAGCGUUUUCUCGACCCCGACGCGCUCGACACUUCAAUUUCGGCAUUUCGAAACGACAGCUUGAAAAACCCGCCAACUUCAUAUGAUCACUGUUCGACGUAUGCGUCGGCGGACGGACGCGCGCCCUUAAGCAUGGCGAUCGGUCAACUGGACAGUAUCCUGAGACGCGAUGACAAAUUCCUGAAGGAGAUGUGGACUUGGUUCGGUGUUGGAGCUCUCGUCAUAUUGUUGCGGUUCUUCGUGAGAAUUCGCAUGGUUGGCCCCAGAGGUCUCAAGGGAGACGACUACACAAUGCUUGUUUGUGUGAGUAUCACUUCUGAUAAUGAGCAUUUAAGAGAUGAAGAGGAUUUGGCGGUACUGAUAUGUGUAAACCUAGACCGAUAUGGCACGAACGUGGAUCUCACCGCUGCCCAAAUCAGCACUCUUUCCGAUGAAGAAGUGGCACGACUUGUACAAGGUUCCAAGUUCCAACAAGUAGCUUGGUAUUCAUACACCGCAUACUUUAAGCGAAUGACGUUUGAUUUGUGGCAGAGUGCGAGAGUUCUGAAACACCUGGCCUGGUUUACGAUUUUAUCAUACCUGGUUGUGGUUGGAACGAUAAGCUUUAGCUGUAUGCCGUUUUCAGAUAAUUGGGGAGUGAGGCCCCUACCUAGUGAGAAGUGUGUUUUCAAAGCCCAAAAUCUACUGGUCUCGACAUUUCUCAAUGUUGUGACCGAUGCAGCCAUUCUUUGUCUGCCGCUGCCGGUUCUGAAGGAAAUCAGGGUACCUUUCUACAAGAAGAUAUUCAUAGCAGUACUGAUAUGCUCCGGUUUAUUCGUCAUCGCGGCCGCGAUCAUGCGAGUUGCGGUAACUUUGGGAUCAGAACCUUCAACAAUUACGGUAAACCGAUGGGGAGUCCGAGAAUGCGAAGUUGGUCUGAUUGCUGUCAACGCACCCAUUCUACGUCCUUUAUUCUCCCGGAGGUUUUGGCAGUGGCAUUACCGACCGCCGGCUCGCCCGUCAAAUCCUAUGGAAAGUGCAAGAAGGAGCCGAACAACAGUUGGCGGCCACAGACGGAGAGUCAUUAAAGAAGACUCACUUCUUGGGUGGGUGAAUUCUACUACCUCAAGAAUAGGAACCAUUGUGGGAGGGACUCGAGAUCAUGGGAACGCAGGGGACGUGGAAUUAGGGGAUGCGGCCAGUGAACAGGAGUUGGAGCCUCUUGACAAGGUUUACACGAACACAUCGGCUUCGACUCAAGACGAUCACUUGAAGAGGAAAGCAGCACAUUCAGGAUUUAUUUGCUCAACAAAGUCAGAAAGGAGAACAGGAAGCCGAAACGCCGCCUUGCAAAACCAAACUUCAGGCCCUCAGCCUAGCACAAGCUCACAGCAAUUUUGCAGAAUGCGGUCAGGGAAUCCGACCAGCCAAUUACUCGAGUCCAUCCGAGUCUCACCUGCCCAUUUACUGCAGCAAACAUCUUACUCUCUGUCUCCCUGUCUUAGCUCCAUUAUCGAUUCUCCGGGCCGUCCACAAUAUUCAUCAUCGCUUUUCUCGGGGCAUUUACUCAGUCAGUCUGGCCAGUAUACUUGGCUUUCAGUCAUUCUCAGGUCUCGUAACGUCAAGAAAGCAUCCGGAAAUUCAGAGACUCGAAUCUUACAAUACUGA